CUACCUGUCGCAACACGAGCGCGCACGCACCUACUCGUGAUAAGAAAAAAAAAAAAAAAAAAAGAAAAUUGAGUCCAAGUUGUUGCUGAUAGCUGGUAAUAUCAGCAACAAAUCGUUUCGGUGGACCACGACGGGGUGGGGGACUUUCUCGAGAGACCAGGAAGAUAAAGAGAGAGAGAGAGAGUGAGACAAAACCUUUGCCCGCCGGCUGUUACCAUUGUCGUCGUUUUUACUCCCGCGCUGUCACUUUCGAUUGUACCUCUCUCUUUUUUCACCAACUCUUGAGCCAGCAUUGGAAAGCCACGUUGUAAAACGCCGAAACAUGUCGCACGACAAUUACGCCUUCACCGGUAGCACGGACUUCGUUGACCCGAGCAAAAAGUCACAGCUCAGCAAUGUCAGCCGGUACGGAACGAAGGACCUUACGAACGGCUUCCACGCCGUUGAGCUCGAGGACAAGAGAAAAAUCGCCAAGGAGAUGGAAGGGGACUACGACCCAUACCUGCACCGACAGGUUCAACACCCGACCACGUUUCUGGAAACGCUGUUUCACUUCAUGAAGGGUAGCUUGGGAACGGGCAUCCUGGCGAUGCCGAAAGCCUUCAACAACGCGGGUUACCUGCUCGGUACUGUGGGCACGCUUAUCGUCGGUCUAAUCUGCACCUACUGCAUACGCAUCCUGAUCAAGUCAGAGUACGAACUGUGCAGGAGAAAAAAAACACCAUCCAUGACUUUUCCGAUGACGAUGGAGACGGCGCUUGAGGAGGGCCCGCAAUGGAUCAGGCGAUACUCAAAGUGGUGCCCGCACAUAGUCAACCUGUUCCUGAUGAUCUAUCAGCUGGGCACUUGUUGCGUCUACACGGUCUUCAUUGCCACGAAUCUUCAAAAAGCUUUGGAAUCGCACAUUGGGAGUUACGAUCUGCGGAUGUAUAUGCUAGUCCUUCUUCUUCCCUUGAUUUUGAUCAAUUGGAUACGAAAUUUGAAGUUACUUGCUCCUUUGUCCACUGUUGCCAAUGGAAUUACACUUAUUAGUUUUGGCAUUAUUUUGUACUUUAUAGUUGAAGAUCCAUCUAAAAUAACCUUAGAAGGAAAGCAUGCUAUUGGAAAAUAUGGUGAUUUCCCCCUAUUUCUUGGAACAGUCCUCUUUGCUCUAGAGGCCAUUGGUGUGAUUAUGCCUUUGGAGAAUGAGAUGAAAAAGCCUAAAAAGUUUCUAACUACUUGCGGAGUUCUCAACAUUGGAAUGGCGGUGAACAUCAUCUUAUACGUGGGAUUAGGAUUUUUUGGUUACAUUUGGGCAGGAGACGAAGUUCACGGUACUAUAACCACAAACUUACCACAAAAGCAUUUUUUGUCGAAAGUUGUCCAAAUUUUAUUGGCACUGAGUAUUUACAUCACUCACUCGCUUCAAUGUUACGUCGCCAUUGAUAUUUCAUGGAAUGAGUACAUUCAACCAAAGAUCAAACAUGUCUCUGCUAAAGCUCUCGUGUUCUGGGAAUAUGUUGUGAGAACCCUUAUUGUCGUUUUUACCUUUAUCCUGGCAAUCGCUGUUCCGGAGCUGGAGCUCUUCAUUUCCCUUUUCGGUGCCCUCUGUUUGUCAGCUCUGGGCAUAUCAUUCCCAGCUCUCAUUCAAAUCUGUGCUUUCUGGAAAGUGAAGUCGACUCGCGAGCGAGUUUUCCUUUCAGCGAAAAAUAGUGCCCUGAUUUUGUUUGGAUUCCUCGGUCUGAUCAUCGGAAGCUACGUAAGUCUUAAAAAGAUCGUCGAGAACUUUUCGAAAUAAAAAGAAAUUGCACGUCGAGAAAAAGUGAAACUCGACAAACGGACAAUAGAUGACGUUUUAUAACGUCAACAACUGACUGUUGGCACUCAAAGGAUUUUCACAGACCUUCAAGCUAUGAGCACGAGGCCACGCAGUGCAUACUCAAAAAAUUACUCUCUUGCAUCUGUCCGAUCUAAUAUUGAUGCAUUAUAUAGAAAAUAUGCAAAAUAUAAGACCAACAGAUUUGGUUGUUAAUAGCUUCGACUAUACUCUUUAUUUACUAAGAGCUGAAAAAACUUUUUACUAGUCGAAAACUCGAUAACAUAAAAUAUGAAUUUUACAUUCAGUUUACUUUUAUAAUAUUGCUGCAUAGAACUAACUAUAAAACUUGUAAGGAGAGUAUUUUUUAAUAUUUAAAGGCGUUUUAGAUAACUAUUCAAGGUUCCUACCUAAUAGAGCUAUUAGUAAGUGAUUUUAGUAACUAAUUUUGUAAAAAUUGAGAAAUUUUUAGUAUUUAUGCGAAAGAAUGUUGAUUAACGCCAUUUUGCGAUUUAAAGGAUAUUGUAAUUUUAAAUACUGUAAAUAAGUUUUAAUGAAGGAAGGAAAGCAUAAAGUUGUAUAGCAUGAAAAAAAAAGAGAUGAUUAAACGUCAUUUUUCAAAUAUUAUUAUAGAAAACUGUCAAAGAUACAACUAAAUUACACUUUAAAACGUCUAGACUGUACAAUUUUUUUAAACGUUACCACUUAGGAAUCUAAGGUUGUUGGCAAAUAGUUUGAUAUCUGAUGUUUCCCCAAAACAUUGUUAAUGUUACAUAUUUUUAGUGCUGCUUACUCAAUUUGAACGUAAUCGUAGUAACAUCAAUGGGUGGCGAAAUACGUAAUUAUAAAUUUGUGCCUCGACGUAUUUUACAAGCAUUUGAUACAUUCAUUAUAAUGAAUGAAAUACUCUAGCCGUCAAUAUUUUUCGUAUGAAUAUUAUAUGUUGCCUGUACUGCCCAUAAGAUUAUAAACGAUUGUUUAUGUUUCAUAAAUAAUGUA